UCUCCUCUUGUAUUUUCGCAUCCCCUCCUCUCUGCUGCUGUCCUGGCAAUUUGCACUGCUUGCCUCCAGCUCAUUGCUGGACAAAGUUCAGCAGGCUCCCUUCUCAGCACCUGCCACUCACUUGUAGCUGCACACAGCCAGGCAUGGUCAGCACACAUGUGCUAAUCAGUUUUUUGGUUGAUGUCAUGUCUCAUAUCCAACCAGCAGCUUGUCACAGGCUGCAUCAGGAGCUGGAGUGAGGGUGGGAUGCUGCAAGGCACCCAUGCCAUGUCUCUCUUUCUCCCUGCAGCUCUGUGUCUGUGCCACAGCCCCAUGACAGCAGCAGGGCACUGCCUGGUCCCCACCCCUGAGAGGAGACACCACUGCAGCACGCACCAUUCCCAGCUAUGGAUCCAGUAGAUCCUUUCUCAAUAAACACCCCAUCUUUGAUAAAAGAUAUCACCACUAGGUUCUGGAGGUUGUCAGAGCCCAACCCAAAAGGUUUUUCUAAGGUUUUUCUGUCUCUGUGAUUUACAGUUACCCUUUACCAUCACCAAAAGAGGAUGGAGCUCAGCGAGAUCGUUGUGACUGAACAUUCCAACAAGAGGGAGCUGUACAAGGAGAUGCCAAGAGCCCAGGACCCGCUGUGGAGAAAUGGAAACUGGAUCCACCAUAGUUUUGGGUAUCUCACAGGAGAAAUGAAGGAAUAUGGAGAGUGGAUGAAAAACAAGCCCUUCAUGGUUCAGCUGGUGGACUGGAUUUUGCGAGGGACCUCUCAAGUGAUGUUUGUCAACAACCCUCUCAGCGGGCUGAUCAUUUUAGUGGGGCUUUUCCUCCAGAGCCCCUGGUGGAUGCUCACAGGCUGCACUGGAACCACUGUGUCCACGUUAACUGCACUGGCCCUCAGCCAGGACAGGUCAUCCAUUGAAGCUGGGCUGCACGGCUACAAUGGGAUGCUGGUGGGCCUGCUGAUGGCCGUCUACUCUGACAAAGAGGAUUACUACUGGUGGCUUCUGCCCCCUGUGGCAGUGAUUUCCAUGGCCUGCCCAGUACUGUCCAGUGCUUUGGGAUCCAUCUUCAGCAAAUGGGACAUUCCUGUUUUCACUCUGCCCUUCAACACUGCAGUGACCCUGUACCUGGCAGCCACAGGACACUACAAUCCCUUCUUUCCCACAACCCUCAUCAAACCUGUAGCUGCCGUGCCCAAUAUCACCUGGUCUGACAUCAAUGUGCCCCUGCUCUUACAAUCCAUCCCAGUUGGGAUUGGACAAGUGUACGGUUGUGGAAACCCCUGGACUGGAGGCAUUUUCCUUGUGGCUCUGCUCAUCUCCUCCCCACUGAUUUGUUUACAUGCUGCAAUUGGAUCAGCUGUGGGGAUGUUUGCAGCUCUGAGCAUUGCAUCCCCGUUUGACAGCAUCUACCUUGGCUUGCACAACUACAACUGUGCCCUGGCCUGCAUUGCCAUCGGGGGCAUGUUCUACGCCCUGACCUGGCAGACACAUUUGCUCUCACUUGCCUGUGCAUUAUUUUGUGCCUACUCUGGAGCAGCUCUUGCUAAUGCCCUCUCUGUGCUCGGGCUGCCAGUGUGCACCUGGCCUUUCUGCCUCUCCGCGCUCCUCUUCCUGCUGAUAGCCUCAGAAAACCCAGCCAUCUACAAAAUGCCCCUCUGUAAAGUCACCCACCCAGAAGCCAACCGGACCUACUACCUGAGAAUGCGGAGAAGGGCCUCGGAGAGCAGGAGGGAGGAGCAGAAGAGAAAGGAGCAGAAACCCUCUGACAACUCAAAAAUUAACACCGGGGGCACCCCACUGUGCACCCCCAAGAGCCGCCACGCUCACUGAUUGCAGGUACACACAACUCUGCAGCCUGGGGGCAGUUUGGGGGAAGCUUUUCAGACGUCACCCAGGCACAGCACAGCCACAAAUACCACUUUUGCCAGCAAUCUGCAGGCUGUGGAUUCAGCAUCCCACACUGGAGAAAUCACAGUUUGCCCUUGAGCUAAGCUUUCCAAAAGAGGUAACAUAAUAACAGCUGCCUUAUCAAUCUGAUUGUUACUGAUCGUUAACUAGAAAGUCACCUCUUAUCAAUAAUAAUUAUAAGAACAGGAAGAAGAACAUUAAAGCUGACAAGAGGCUGCAUUUAAUUUCAGAUGUGUAAUUUAACAAAAUAAAUAUGCUGAGAAGGCAUUGGUGUCUAAUAAUAAUAAAUCAUAUCAGAACUAAGUCAGGAGCUGCACUUCAAAUUAAGAGCAUGUAUAUUUGAAAGUGAAAUAAAAAGGCUGUUCUCUUCC